UGCUAGCCGCCGCCACUCGCCCCUGCGGACGGACGGCGCUUUAUUGUCACCCACGGCCGAGGCCGCGCCGGUCCCCGUGGGGCCCCGGGUGGCUCUGCAGCGGCUCCCGACAGGCAGAGCGCACGGGCCCUGCGCCGCAGGCCGGGCCCGCGCAGCCUGAUCCACCAUGAAAAGUUCACGGACCGCCAGUGCUGCUCCUGAAGGCGCCCCAGAGGGGGUGGACUUGAGUCUGAUUGGCCUCCCUCCUCCAGUGUCCCAGCGGCCCAGCAGUGCCUCGGCCACCAAGUCCAUUGUCCGCUCCAUGUCUGUGGCUGCAGCCAGUGAGCCAAGAAAAAAGGCUCUGGAGGCCCCGGGGCCUGGGGGAUCCCGGGCUAUCAACAACCUUCGAAGAUCUAACAGUACCACACAGGUCAACCAGUCAUGGACCACCUCCCCCAGGCCAGCAGAGCCCACCGACUUCCUGAUGCUCUUUGAGGGUGGCACCAAUGGGAGAAGGCGGGUGGCCAGUCUUAGCAAGGCAUCCAGUGAGAAGGGAGCCACGUGGAAUGUCCUGGAUGACCAGCCUAGGAGCUUUGCUUUGCCAUCCAGUGUCCAGAGUCCCAGCACCCUUGACUCUGCAUUGGGCCCACGAAGAAAGGAGUGUGCCCUGGCACCCAGCUUCACGGCUAACAACAGGAGCAACAAAGGAGCCGUGGGCAACUGUGUCACCACCAUGGUGCAUAACCACUAUGCCUCCUCGAAGAAGGUGUCACCCCCCAAGAGCUCCAACCAGACAGCCCCCUCCCUCAACAAUAUUGUCAAGGCAGCAGCUCGUGAGGGCAGUGAGGGCGGUGACUUCAGGAGGCCUCGGAAGAACUUCUCUAGUGGCAGUCACUCCACCCGGGGCAGCACAGGUCUGCUGAGGCGAAAGGAGGUGACUGAGGAGGAAGCUGAGAGGUUUAUCCACCAGGUAAACCAGGCUGCGGUCACCAUUCAGCGCUGGUACCGCUGCCAGGUACAGAGGCGCCGAGCAGGAGCAGCAAGCCUCGAGCACCUGCUGGCAUCCAAGCGAGAGGAGCAGAGGCAACGGUUGAGUAGUGGGAACCUUCUGGACCUGCACCGGCAGGAGGAGGCAGCAAGGAAGAAGGCCCGGGAGGAGAAGGCCCGCCAGGCCAGGCAGGUGGCCAUUCAGGAACUGCAGCAGAAACGGGCCCAGAAGGCAGGUGAGACUGAGCCCAGGCUGCCUAAGGACAGGCCAGAGGCCAGAGCACUGGAGCGGCCUCGACCAACCCAGGUGCAUGCACCCGCAGUGCACGUCAACACCACCCACCCCAAGGCCAACAACACUGGUGCCAGCAUACACCCCACAGGCCCUGGAGACCCCUGCCCUCCUGCCUCUGAAUCAUCCCCUGAGCCCCAGCCGUCUCCAGAGGACAGGCCACAGGACAGGCGUUCCCAGAAUGUAGCUAGAGAAGACUCUGAAGUGUUGGGCAUGACCAAGAGUAAGGCCAGGGCCAAAGCAACCCUGGAUGACCUGCUAGACACACUGAGGCUGCUGGAGGAGGAGCCUGAGCCACUGCCCCGCCCCAAGACCUAUCACAAGGACAGAUACGCCUGGACUGAUGAGGAAGAUGAUGCAAAGUCCCUGACAGCUGACAACCUGGAGAAACUCGGGAAGCUCAGCGCACACCCCGGCCCACCUGAGGACGGCACUCUGCUCUCAGAGGCCAAGCUGCAGAGCAUCAUGAGCUUUUUGGAUGAGAUGGAGAAGUCAGGACAGGAGCGGCCGGCGCCCCGGCGGGAGAGCCUGGUGCUGGAGGCGGGCCCAAGGGCCCCGGAACCAGGGCCCGACGGGGGUGCGUCCAUGAUGCGGCUGCAGCUGGAGGUGGAGGAGAAGAAGCAGGCCAUGGCUCUGCUGCAGAGAGCCCUGACGCAACAGCGUGACCUCACCAUCCGGCGUGUCAAGGAGACUGAGAAGGAGCUGAGCCGGCAGCUGCGGCAGCAGCAGGACCACUAUGAGGCCACCAUCCAGCGGCACUUGUCCUUCAUUGACCAGCUGAUCGAAGACAAGAAAGUUCUGAGUGAGAAGUGCGAGGCAGUGGUGACCGAGCUGAAGCAAGGAGACCAGCGGUGUCGGGAGCGUGUGGCCCAAAUGCAGGAGCAACAUGAACUGGAGAUUAAGAAACUCAAAGAGCUCAUGAGUGCCACUGAGAAAAUCCGCCGCGAGAAGUGGAUCAAUGAGAAAACAAAAAAGAUCAAGGAAAUCACAGUCAGAGGUCUGGAGCCCGAGAUCCAGAAGCUAAUCGCCAAGCACAAGCAGGAGGUGAGGAGGCUCCGGGCCCUGCACGAGGCCGAGCUGCAGCAGCGGGACGAGCAGGCUGCACAGCGCCACCUGCGCCAGGCAGAAGAGCUGCGGGAACACCUGGAGCGCGAGAAGGAGGCGCUGGGCCAGCAAGAGCGCCAGCGCGCCCAGCAGAGGCUUGAGCAGCACCUGGAGCAGGAACAGCAGGCCUUGGAGCAGCAGCGGCGGCGGCUCUACAAUGAGGUGGCUGAGGAGAAGGAGCGACUGAGCCAGCAGACAGCCAGGCAGCGGGCAGAGCUGGAGGAGCUGAGGCAGCAGCUGGAGGGGAGCACCGCAGCGCUGACUCGAGCCCUGAGAGCUGAGUUUGAGAGGAGCCACGAGGAGCAGGAGCGGAGGCACCAGACGGAGCUGAAGGCCCUGAAGGACCAGCUGGAAGCUGAGAGACAGGCGUGGGUGGCCAGCUGUGCCAAGAAGGAGGAAGCAUGGUUGCUGACCAGGGAACGUGAGCUGAAGGAGGAGAUCCGAAAAGGCCGCGACCAGGAGAUCGAGUUGGUCAUCCACCGGCUGGAGGCUGAUAUGGCGCUGGCCAAGGAGGAGAGCGAUAGGGCAGCCGAGAGCCGUGUGAAGCGUGUGCGGGAAAAGUAUGAAACGGAGCUCUCGGAGCUGGAGCAGUCGGAGCGGAAACUUCAGGAGCGGUGCACUGAGCUGAAGGGACGCCUGGGGGAAGCCGAAGGGGAGAAAGAGCGCCUGCAGUCCCUCCUGCGGCAGAAGGAGAAGGAGCUGGAGGACCUGCGGGAGGUAAACACACGGCUGUGCGGAGAGCGGGCCAACCUGGCCCAGGUGGUCCGACAGGAGUUUGCAGACCAGCUGGCAGCCGCCCAGGAGGAGAACCAGAGGGUGAAAGCAGAGCUCGCCCAGCUGCAGGCCCGCCAGCAGAUGGAGCUGGAUGAGGUGCAUCAGAGGGUGAAGACUGCUUUAGCGAAGAAGGAGGAGGCCGUGAACAGUCUCCGGAAACAGCACGAGGUGGGUCCCUCUGUGGGCCUGCGGUGGUCUUGCCUAGGGGAGGGGCAUCGCGGGCCUGACGGAAAUGUGUUGCAGGCUGCAGUGAAGCGGGCAGACCACCUAGAGGAGCUGCUGGAGCAACACAGACGGCCGGCUCUGAGUGCCAAGUGAUGUCAUCGUUGGGAUGAGGAACAAGGCGGAGGCAGACGCUCAGCCCUGUAGCCGGUGUCCAGGUCACGUCAAGACCCAGGCUAAGGGUAGGACAACAGCUGGUGUGUGAGGCGCCCUCGAGGAGCCCGGUGCUCAGGACAUUGCUGUCGGCAGGCCUGAAGCUGGUCAUAGUAAAAUCAUAUGGGUUUGUG